AUGGACAAUGAUCCUUUUUAUAGUAUUUUGAGAGAAAAGUAUGAUGCAGAUGAAAUUAGGCAGGCAGUUAAUUUUUUGAAAAAAUUUCCAUCACUACCACCAAAGUGGUUUUUAAACAAUGAAGAAGCAAAAAACUAUCAUGUAGAUUUGUUGAGUGAUAUUUAUAAGCUCUCAAGAAGGAGACGCAUUGAAAAGUGUACAAAAAUGGAUGAGAAUGAAGCUAUGGAGAAAGUGAAAACAGAUGAAACCAAGUCUAAGAAUAUUGUAAUUCGAUCUCCUUACAUAAAAGAAGAAGAUAAAUCAACCUACUGGAUUCCAAUUGAUGUGUUGAAUACUGUUUCACAAAGUGAGAAAAUAGAUUACCCAAACUCUAAUCAUUAA